AUAUACUACUACUACUAGUCUCACUACUACUACACAUGCUCUAUUAAUUAUGGCUGCAGUUACAUCAGCUGUCGGCGGCGACGAAGACGGUCGACUAGGCUCGACGAGCAGCAGGCGAAGCUGGCAGUCGGGAGGGAGUUUCCGAGAGGUAUGGACCACGCCGCCCGACGUGUUCAGCCGCAGCGUGCGGCGGAACGAGCCGGACGACGAGGAGGAGUUACGGUGGGCCGCUAUACAGAGGAUACCGACGUUUGAGCGGAUGAGGAAAGGUGUGAUGAAACAGGUUCUUGAGAAUGGAAGAAUCGUUCAUAACGAAAUUGAUUUCACUAAGCUUGGAGGUUUGGAGAAGAAGCAGAUUGUGGAGACUGUGCUUAAGAUUGUUGAAGAAGAUAAUGAGAAGUUUCUUCGAAGACUUAGGGACAGAACUGACAGAGCUGGAAUUGAGAUUCCAAAAAUCGAAAUUCGGUAUGAGAAUUUGAAUAUUGAAGGAGAUGUGUAUAUAGGGACCAGAGCACUUCCUACUCUGCUUUAUUGUACCUUAAACACUAUAGAGAGUAUUCUUGGAUCUGUGGGGUUAUUUCCAUCGAAGAAGACAAAAAUUCAGAUACUUAAAGAUGUCAGUGGAAGAGUCAAACCUUCCAGGAUGACUCUACUUCUAGGCCCUCCAGGAGCAGGGAAAACAACCUUGUUGCUGGCGCUAGCCGGAAAGCUUGAUCAAGAUUUGAGGGUAUCUGGGAAAGUGACUUACUGUGGUCAUGAAAUGAAUGAGUUUAUUCCUCAAAGAACAUGUGCUUACAUUAGUCAACAUGAUCUUCACUAUGGAGAGAUGACAGUGAGAGAGACGUUAGAUUUCUCAGGACGAUGUUUAGGCGUUGGAACAAAGUAUGAAACGUUAGCAGAACUGUCAAGAAGAGAGAAAGCAGCUGGAAUUAAACCAGACCCUGAGAUUGAUGCAUUCAUGAAGGCCACAGCCAUAUCAGGCCAAAAAACUAGUUUGGUUACAGAUUAUGUUCUGAAGAUACUCGGAUUGGAUAUGUGUGGGGACAUUCUGGUUGGUGAUGAUAUGAGAAGAGGUAUUUCUGGUGGGCAGAAGAAGCGUCUAACAAUAGGAGAGAUGUUGGUUGGUCCAGCCAAAGUUCUUUUAAUGGAUGAGAUUUCGACAGGUCUAGACAGUGCAACUGCUUUUCAAAUCUGCAACUACAUGAGGCAAAUGGUUCAUAUCUCAGAUGUAACAAUGGUUGUCUCUCUUUUACAACCAGCACCUGAGACGUUUGAGCUUUUUGAUGACAUUAUCAUACUUUCAGAAGGUCAGAUAGUGUACCAAGGUCCCAAAGAGAAUGUCCUAGAGUUUUUUGAGUACAUGGGAUUUAAAUGCCCGGAGAGGAAAGGAGUUGCUGACUUUCUACAAGAAGUAACUUCCAUGAAAGACCAAGAACAAUAUUGGUCAAACAAGGACCGACCUUAUACAUUCAUUCCUGUUAAUGACUUUGUGAAAGGCUUCAAAUCUUUCCACAUAGGCCAACAACUUCAAGCUGAAUUAAGUGUUCCUUAUGACAAGUCUAGAGCCCACCCUGCAGCAUUGGUGAAAGAGAAAUACGGUAUUUCGACUAUGGAACUGUUAAAAGCAUGCUUUUCAAGGGAGUGGUUGUUGAUGAAGCGUAAUGCUUUUGUCUAUGUCUUCAAGGGUACUCAAAUAACAAUUAUGUCACUAAUUGCCAUGACUGUGUUCCUUAAGACAAAAAUGCACGUGGGAACUUUAGAAGAUGGAAAUAAAUAUUUUGGUGCACUCUUUUUUGGAUUGAUUAAUGUGAUGUUCAAUGGCAUGGCAGAAAUGGCUUUGACCAUAUUCAAACUUCCUGUUUUCUUUAAACAAAGGGAUUUCUUGUUUUACCCUGCAUGGGCUUUUGGCUUACCGAUUUGUGUCCUGAAAGUCCCGCUAUCCUUUAUGGAAUCAGGAAUAUGGGUUGUUCUAACAUACUACACAAUUGGGUUUGCUCCAGCUGCUAGUAGAUUUUUCAAACAAUUCUUGGCUUACUUCUGCUUGCAUCAGAUGGCUCUGUCCCUCUUUCGUCUUAUGGCGGCUAUGGGGAGGACAUUAGUUCUUGCCACUAUGGAGGGUACCUUUAUCAUGUUGAUGAUUCUUGUGCUAGGAGGAUUUGUUAUUUCCAGAAAUGACAUUGAGCCAUGGCUGUUGUGGGGCUACUAUGCUUCCCCCUUGAUGUAUGCACAGAAUGCAAUCUUCAUGAAUGAAUUUCUUGAUGAAAGAUGGAAUACGCCAGUGGGGAAAUCUACAGUGGGGAAAUAUCUUCUGGAGUCCAAAGGGUUCUUUACAGAUGAAUAUUGGUUUUGGAUUUGCAUUGGGGCACUUGUUGGGUUUUCUUUUCUCUUCAACAUCUUAUUUAUUGCAGCAUUGGCCUUUCUAAAUCCUAUUGGGGAUUCAAAAGCUGUCAUUGCAGAUGAAGAAAGUGUCAAAAAGAAAAAGAACUCAGCCUCUAGACAACAAACAUUUGAAGAUCUUGAGAUGCCAGAGAAAGGUUCUUCAGAAACCAUUAGAAACUCUGUUCGUGCACAAAGGAGAGGAAUGGUGUUGCCCUUUCAACCCCUAUCACUUGCUUUUAGCCAUGUGAACUACUACGUAGACAUGCCUACUGAAAUGAAGCGACAUGGAGUCGAAGAAGACCGUCUUCAACUGCUACGAGAUGUCAGUGGUGCUUUUAGGCCAGGAAUAUUGACAGCACUGGUUGGUGUCACUGGAGCUGGAAAGACAACCCUUUUAGAUGUCUUGGCAGGAAGAAAGACAGGUGGCUAUAUAGAAGGAAACAUUAGCAUCUCAGGCUAUCCGAAGAACCAAUCAACAUUUACUCGAAUUAGUGGUUAUUGUGAGCAGAAUGACAUACAUUCACCCUAUGUGACUGUCUUUGAAUCUCUUAUUUAUUCAGCAUGGCUUCGUCUUCCUCCAAAUGUGAAGGCUAAAACACGAAGUAUGUUUGUUGAAGAAGUCAUGGAACUAGUUGAAUUAACUCCUAUUAGAGAUGCUAUAGUGGGGCUUCCAGGUGUAGAUGGCCUUUCAACAGAACAAAGGAAAAGACUAACAAUAGCUGUGGAGUUGGUUGCUAAUCCAUCAAUAAUCUUUAUGGAUGAACCAACAUCUGGUCUCGAUGCUCGAGCAGCUGCUAUUGUCAUGCGAACUGUGAGAAACACAGUAGAUACAGGUAGAACUGUGGUGUGCACAAUUCACCAGCCAAGUAUAGAUAUCUUUGAAGCUUUUGAUGAGUUAAUACUUAUGAAACUAGGUGGACAAGUGAUUUAUGCUGGAUCUCUUGGCCGCCACUCUAACAAGCUUAUAGAAUACUUUGAAGAGAUUCCAGGGGUUUCUAAGAUUAAAGAUGGUAAUAAUCCAGCAACAUGGAUGCUUGAGGUCACAAAUCAGUUUGUUGAGGCUCAGCUUGAAGUUGAUUUUGCUGAAGUUUAUAUCAAGUCUUCUCUUUACCAGAACAAUGAGGAGCUUAUCAAAGAACUUAGUACCCCAGCACCCGAAUCUAAGGACCUAUACUUCAGUACCAAAUACUCCCAAUCAUUCUUUGUCCAAUGCAAAGCUUGUUUGUGGAAACAAUAUUGGUCUUAUUGGAGAAAUCCACAAUACAAUGGCAUUCGGUUCUUCAUGACCAUAAUCAUUGGUAUUUUGUUUGGUCUUAUCUUCUGGAACAAGGGACAAAAGACAACCACAUACCAAGAUCUGAUGACUCUUCUGGGAGCCUUGUUUACUGCUGUGUUUUUCCUUGGAGCAAGUAAUGCUUCUUCAGUGCAGCCUGUUGUGGACAUUGAGAGAACAGUAUUCUACCGUGAAAGAGCAGCUGGAAUGUAUUCAGCACUACCUUAUGCAAUUUCUCAGGUGACCAUAGAGAUAAUCUAUUCAGCCAUUCAAGCUUUUGUUUAUAUGCUUAUCCUAUACGCAAUGAUUGGAUUUGAGUGGAGAGCAGACAAAGUAUGGUGGUUCUUCUACUACAUAUUCACGUGCUUAGUCUACUUCACACUGUAUGGAAUGAUGGCUGUGGCAUUGACACCUGGUCACCAAAUUGGUGCCAUUUUCUUGUACUUCUUUUUCAGCUUCUGGGUUUUGUUCUGUGGAUUUCUUAUUCCUAGAAAGCAAAUCCCAAUCUGGUGGAGAUGGUACUAUUGGGCUUCCCCUGUGUCUUGGACCAUACAUGGACUAAUCUCCUCUCAAUUAGGGGACAAAGAUAGUAAAAUGGAUAUACCUGGGUUUGAUAUUAGUUUUCCAUUGAAGGAUUUCAUCAAGGAAAGACUAGAUUUUGACUAUGAUUUUCUUCCAUUUGUUGCCGUAGCCCAUAUUGGUUGGGCUCUUCUCUUUCUCUUUGUAUAUGCUUAUGGAAUCAAGUUUAUCAAUUUCCAAAAAAGAUAAACCUACACUCAUGUUAAUCCUAGUCAAACAGUGUAUAUUUACAGUUUCACUUCUUUUUUUCAUUAUUAGUUUAAUGUUUUUAAGUAAUAGUUGUAAAGUAUAUGCAUAAAGCAUUUAUCCGUACCCGUAUCUGUAUCGUUUUAAUUGAAAAACAAAUAAAAAUUGAGUUUACAUUUUAUUAUUUUA